AUGCCCUGUGCCGAAUGCUGGGCUGCUGCUGGGGUCCCUUACACUCCAGCAGCAGAUCAGUCCCAGGAACGUUCCUCGGAACCGUCCUCAGCAGAAAGGGUGCUAAAACACCUGAAGGAGAGAGGCGAACUUGUAUCCCUACCUUGGGAGUUGGAGAAGCCGAAACGGAAUACUCUACAGCAACGGCUACGACAGCAGCAGCGGCGAACGCAGCGGGCUGAUCACUGGGAGCAGGAACAAGAACAGUGGGAGGUAAAGCCGCAGAAUUUCAACAACGACCAGAGAAGGCACCUUCGCCUGCAACUAUCAAACGGCAAUGAUGUCUGCCCGAAAGAAUGUGGGUGCAGUAGCAGGCGUAAGCUAUACACCUGGAAUUGGAUAGAUGACAUAACCAGCAGCAAUUGCAGGAACAGAAGUUUCAGGGUGGGGAAGAGCACGAGCAGCAAAGUUUGUUGGAGAGAUAAUGGUGCAAGACCGCUCACACUGGCACAGUCAGACAGCAGAGAUGCUGCAGCGGGAGCAACAUCGGAGGCCCAAGCUGGCGAGGCAACCACAGCCGGCUCAAUGUACGUCAAAGCACUAGGACUGCUGAACAAACUCUUCCCAUUCCCAGAAGGCAGCAAAUUCGUCCCGUCUAUGCCCACUGGCCCGUUCCACAAGCAGCGAACCCCUCCAGAAACGACGGAAACUACGGCUGCUGAUUUGGAUGUUCCUGGCGGUUCUAGUUCAAGAACUUGCUGCCUUGACAAUGCCAGACAAAGUCACACAAGUGGAGUGUAUGGGAACAAGGUGAAAAUGGAGGGGCAGACACGUCACCAGGAGGAGACGCUGGACCCGUCAGAGUGGCAACUGUUUGCUGGACUCAAUACUUCUGUUGCGACACUGCAGCAGGCCAAUGACGUACUGUUGACUGAAAGUCUAGAAAAUUUGUUGCUGCUGGAGCCUCCGAUAGUGCAGCAAAAGCAGCAACCAGUCAGUGGACUGCAGCGAUCUCGGAAGUAUACAGCGCAAAUCCAGCAGAUGCAAGGUAUUUGCGGCUUCCGCAAACAGAGAAAUAUCUUUUCUCAACCUCCUAGAUGGAUGCAAGCCAGUAACAACAGCAACGACGGCAGGAAUAGCACUGAUAGUAACAGCAGCAACGACGACUGCGUUUGCGCCCCUGAAGUCGUUCCACAUUGCCAUUCCCCAAGGCACUGUGACAGGGGGAGCAGAAGCAAGCGGAGACCAGGCAUUAGCAGCUGUUGGCAUCAGACAGCUGCGCUUUUGCACUCUUUGAUCGCCACAGAAGACAGGCCGGAGCCCCAGCAUCAACAUGGCCACCCAGCGACUCCACAUGCAGCACAUGAAAUAUCAAGAGCAGCAGACAUAUCAGAAGGUGUUGUAGGCGGCGGAGGAGGAGCAAGUGCAGACUGCCUCAUUUCACCUUCAUCAGCAACGAUACAGAAGGGGUGUAGCACCCCUUGCAUUAUUGGUAGGGCGUCUGCUACCACUGCUGCUUCCAUCUUACAGCAGCAGAACGUGGAGGCGGAUUGUUGCCAGUCGCUACCAGCGGAAGUAGCACGGCAAAUCCUGCGGCGGAUAGCGUCCGGCGCCGUUCAGUUGCAUACUCAGCACGAAAAUGCGGAACGAAUGCAUACUCAGGAGCAAACGGCCGAGCUGCUACAGGAGCACAGUGACCCGAAACAGGACCUGCACCAGGAGCAGCAGGAAGAGCAGCAGGUGCAAGGGGAAGGUGAUAGACCUACAGAGAUUUGCUGCUGCAGCGUUAGCACAUGCAGAAGCUUUUGUGCUUACCUUUUACAUCUUCUGGGGGAUAUCCGAACGCAGCAGGUACAACAUGAGCGGCUCCAGUUGCUGUUGCUUCAGUUGCUGCUGCUGUUAGUGCAACAGCAAUUGGCAUGCGCCAUUUGCCGUUUUGACGAAGGGUUUGUAAGACACUACAGGAGCUUUGUCGUGCAGCAGAUGGGGCAACUGCUGGGGCAGCAGGAGCAAAGAGAGGACGAACAACUCACGCCAGAUUUGCUACUGCUGGAUUCUCAUUCACUUCACCACCAAAAGUGGGUCUUGCUGCUGCUGCAACUUGCCCUGUUGCUACGGGCCUGGCGGACUGACGGUCGCGCAGGCGGGAGCAGAUGCGUGAUUAAGGUGGCGUAUGCGUGCCUCCUUCACAUGGACGUCUGCUUCGAGCUGCGAGAAGGAGCAGCAGACAUCCUUGCUGCUGCAGCGCUAGACGAGCUGUCUGUGGCAAUACAAGAAGCUGCGGUGCACGUAGCGAGCGACGAAGCUGCAUGGUGGGCGGGUGCUGAAGCAACUGCCUCAGCUGAUAUUGAAACAGCAGCAGGAAUAGCAACAACAGCAGGAGGAGCAGCAGCACAGGGAGCAGGCAGAGAGGCUGGCGCCUUGGCUCUGUGUGACUCGAUUACAAAGGCCGCGGUGGAAGGGAGGAGCGCGGCCGCUGCGGCAGCAGCAGAAUUAGCAUCUUCAGUUGCGUGUUGCUUUCUGCUGAUGCUGCAGCAGAGUGCACAGCACGAGGUUUUUCCCUCAAGAGUUACCGCAGUCGGCUUAAAAGUGCGGCCGCACAUCCGGAAGUUUUCAGUGGAGGCUGCGGCGCCAGCGUAUCCAUUGUUGGUGCUGUUACUCCUGCCUGCAUUGGAGCAGCAAUUAUUGAAGGGCGAGGCGCUGCAAGAUACGGCAGCAACACCCCUCUCUCUUUCGCUGCAUGCAGCCGAGGCCCUCCAUCUAGUGCGCAUGUCCCUUUUCCACGCGCAGCAACAUCUUUUUGGGCAGCAGCAUAGCCAGCCGCAUGGUGUGCGCCAGCCACAGCAGCGUGUCAGUAUGCUAUGGACGCUGCAGCAGCAGCUGCUGUUUCGUGUGCUUGAACAACAGCUCAUGAAAUUUCUAUAUGCUGCAAUUCGGGCAUGCACCGAACAGUUUGAUCAUCUGCUGUCGUUGCUGCGAAGGGAAGGGCCAGCCAGGAGUAAGAUAGGCAGGGGCAGCACCAGCACCAGCUGGAGCAUCCUGGAGGCAGCAGCAACUGCAGCAGAAGCGCCGUUGUGCUGCAUUUGCGUGCUGGUACAGCUUCCCAGGCUUACACUAGGAGGAGCAGCAGCGGUAAACAGUGCCUUUGACGGGGAGACACUAGAAGUGGUUGCUGCUUUGUUGGUCAACCUGUUGCUCAAGCUCGUAGGUUCUUGCAGCUGGGACCCCCCCCCUCAGGCAGCAAGGGAAGCAAUGACAGAGGCGGCAGGGACUCCAGCAGUCGCAGGAUCCUCUGUAUUUGUCGCAACGGCAGCUUUUGGAUGUUUUAGCAAGCUCCUUGUUGCCCUGACGGAGGCGGCGAGGAGCGCGUGCAUGCAGAUACAGAAGGUAACGGCAGCAGCGACAGCAUCUGAUCUACCAAAAGGGGUUUCUUCUGCGGCGGAGGCGCUGCAGCAAUGCUUUGCUUGUGGGGCCGCUGCAGUGUUGACGUUCUGUCUAGAGUCAGCAGCGGCGGGACACCCGGUGCAACAGCAGGAGCAAGUGUCUGAGUUCAUAGCUGCAGCAGCAGAUGCAGACAUUGCCAUUUUGCGCUUCUUGGCAUUGUGCAAGGAGCAGCCGCAGCUUCGACAGCCACUCGCAUGCCAGCUGUUGCAGCAAAUCCUGGAAAAUCCCAUCAGUGAUAGAGGGGGAAGAAGCAACAGCUGCAAUGGGCGCAGCAGCGGCGGGACCACUUGUAGCAGCAGCAACGGCACCGCUUCUGACAGCAAGUCUAUUAUUUUCAUUCGCUCUUCCUCUGCAUGCCUGGACACAGGUGAUCUUCACAGCUCUGAGACAAUCUGCAGGAGCGGAAGAGAGGACCUGACUGCUGCAGCAGCGGCAGCAACGGACGGUGCAGCUGUAGAGCCUUUGGCUUGCGUCGCAGCAGACGCCAGCGCUGGUACUGCGCUGCAAGCUCUCGCACGCCUCCUUGAAGACCGCAAGGUGGCUGUCGCUUCAGCAACAGCUCCGAGCUAUCAUACUGCUGGUGGCUUCAGUGAGGCUGCUGCUUUCAGCAACACUGUUGCUGAUGAUGCAGUUGCAUCAGCAGCUGCAGCAGCUGCUUCUGCUGGGCGACUUUUGCGUAUUGCUUGGAUACGGGUUGUUGGUCCAGCUCUGCAUGAAGUGUGCGUUCAUCGUCCGCCCGCAGCAGUCGCGGCAGCUACGGAAGCCGAAGGACUCAAAGCAACAACCGGCGCAAAGGCCUCAAGCAAAGCAACAGAAGCAUCUGUACAGGUUGGGCAACAACAUGCUUUAGCGAUCAUAGAAACGCGUGGCAGCCUGAUAAGUGCAUUUGUAUCAGCGGUGGCAGCAGCAGCAUCAGCAGCAACAACUGCUGCUGGUUGGUCGAAAAAGAAAAAAGGCGUGGAGCAUGAGUUGCAGCAGCUGCGAGGGUUGCAGCGAGACUUCACCAUGGUGCUGCAGAAUGCGACGCUCGCUGCGGCACUCGUGGUCCUCUCACAUGAGCAGCCUGGCAGUGUCAGUUGUUGCGACCGAAGCAGCAACUUGCAGGGAAGCUGCAGCACCAGCUUUUGGAAUACAGCGCAGCAUCAAGACCCUGUGGGGGUGCUGCAACAGCUACUUCGAAGCUUGCUCCUUCACUAUUCUACAGAGCCGACCAACAUGCGCUUCUCGAGCAGCUGCAGCAGAUGCAGCGGGGGCUGCCUGUGGCGAGUGAUACUGCAGGUAAGCGUUGCAGUUGCUUCUCUUCGUCCACUCGUGCUGCAGUUGUUUUUGUGGCCUCUCCGCUACCUGCUAUCACUGCAACGAGAAGACAAGGGGCAUCCAGAACGGCAUCUUGUUGAAAUUUGGCAUGUUCUGUAUACUUGCUUUUCCAGCGGGAAAACUGCUGCAGCAGGUGCUGCACCCAACAACAGCAGCAGCAACGGAUGCUGCUGUUGUGGCAUAGUUAAGCUGGAGGAGUUUCUGCAGCAGGAUGAUUGGGUUCAAGUCAGUGACUUGAUUUUGGAGUUGCUGAAGCUGUUACAGCAGACUGCCUGCAGUGCCUCUGCUACUGCAGCGAGUCCUGUUCCCCGUCUUGCGGCAGCAGCAGCAGAGGUGGAGCGGAAAGCUGCAGCAGAAAGGGCCGACCAGAGACCCCCACAAACUGAGGGAGACUUCCAAUUCAUUUUCUUUCCUUUAAAAGGCCGCGGACCCUGCAACACCACAGAGCACCCUGAGUGCAUUGAUGAAUAG